GGAGAAGGGGUGGGGUUUAAUGAGCCGGUGGGCGGUAGGCGGUGCUGCUGGUAGCUGGGUGCUGUCCAGAGGCGACUGGGCGUCGCUAGGGGAGCGAGCUGUGGCCGGUUGAGCCGUGCUUAGCGUGCGACGGAGCUUUGGCUGCAGUUUGACUACGUGCGGCCUCCACUUCAUGUCGGCCCUCGAGAAGAGCAUGCACCUUGGACGUCUGCCCUCUCGCCCUCCUCUGCCUGGGAGCGGGGGCAGCCAGAGCGGAACCAAGAUGCGAAUGGGCCCUGGAAGAAAGCGGGACUUCUCCCCUGUUUCUUGGAGUCAGUACUUUGAGUCCAUGGAAGAUGUAGAAGUGGAGAAUGAAACUGGCAAGGAUACUUUUCGAGUUUACAAGAGUGGUUCAGAGGGUCCAGUCCUACUUCUUCUACAUGGGGGAGGCCAUUCUGCCCUUUCCUGGGCUGUAUUCACGGCAGCAAUCAUUAGUAGGGUUCAAUGUAGGAUUGUGGCUUUGGAUCUACGAGGUCAUGGUGAAACAAAAGUCAAGAAUUCUGAAGACCUGUCUGCAGAAACAAUGGCAAAAGAUGUCGGUAAUGUGGUUGAAGCCAUGUAUGGGGACCUCCCUCCUCCGAUUAUGCUGAUUGGACAUAGCAUGGGUGGUGCUAUUGCAGUCCACACAACAUCAUCCAACCUGGUACCGAGCCUUCUGGGUCUGUGCAUGAUUGAUGUUGUAGAAGGUACAGCCAUGGAUGCACUUAAUAGCAUGCAGAAUUUCUUACGUGGUCGUCCUAAAACCUUCAAGUCUCUGGAGAAUGCCAUUGAGUGGAGUGUGAAGAGUGGCCAGAUUCGAAACCUGGAGUCUGCCCGUGUCUCGAUGGUUGGUCAAGUCAAACAGUGUGAAGGAAUUACAAGUCCUGAAGGCUCAAAAUCUAUAGUGGAAGGAAUCAUAGAGGAAGAGGAAGAAGAUGAAGAGGGAAGCGAGUCAGUGAACAAGAGGAAAAAGGAAGAUGACAUGGAGACCAAGAAAGACCAUCCAUACACUUGGAAACUGGCAAAAACAGAAAAAUACUGGGAUGGCUGGUUCCGAGGCUUAUCCAAUCUCUUUCUUAGUUGUCCUAUUCCUAAAUUGCUGCUCUUGGCUGGUGUUGAUAGAUUGGAUAAAGAUCUGACUAUUGGUCAAAUGCAAGGCAAGUUCCAGAUGCAAGUCCUACCCCAGUGUGGUCAUGCAGUUCAUGAAGAUGCCCCAGACAAGGUAGCUGAAGCUGUUGCCACUUUCCUGAUCCGGCAUAGGUUUGCAGAACCCAUUGGUGGAUUCCAGUGUGUAUUUCCUGGCUGUUAGUGACCAGCUGUGCUCCCCUCCCUUACCAUGAGCUCUGUUAUAAAUACAUUGCACCAGAGGCCACUGUGAUGCCGCUGUCUUCUCACCAUCCUGCCCGGCCAUGUGACACUGGCUCCCUACAGAUGGACAUCCCCAGAUGUACAAACCUGUUCAUGUAUUCCUGCCAAAAGCAUUGUUUUCCAGGGUCCUUGACCAACAUCUGCCUCCCCAGUCCGAGGUUCCCUAGCUCCUACCCCUUCCCUGUACAGGGGUAGCCCCUGCCUGUUCUCCCUGCCUUGCCUACGGUGAAGCCUCCAUCAGAUCCACCACCCUGGGUCCCUAUUCCUAGCAUUGGGCAAUGCACCUGGGUCAAAUGUCUCCCCAGGCUCAGGGACCUCCACUCUUUAGAUUGUUCUUGGCAUGGUCCUGCCCUACCUCACAGGAUGGACCAUGGACAGGGUGGUCCUUAUUUUUCCCUUUCAGACAAAAAGCCAGUCAGGUAUGUUUUUAUCAGUCUUACUCUUCCAGGCUUGGAAGACCCAGAGAGACCAGGUUCCAUCCCACCCUUAGAUACAGGGAGAGAUGAUGGAUAGCGUCACAAGAAACCAGCCUGAAAAUCAGGUCCAGCCAGUCCAAGCACAUGGCCUCCCAUCUGAGGAGAGCCCACUGUCCCACUCCCACAUGUCUGGGCACCUGCCCUGGGCUGAGGCCAGGCUGCUCCAAGGGUCCCUUAAGCCCUCACCUGCCACAGUGCAACCCAGGUUAAAUACAGCCCAUGCACAAAGCCAUAGGCCAAAAAAAAAAAAAAGCCUGUGGAGUUGAUUUUAAGAAUCAGAUUUAACCAUUUUCAUAAUCAAUCUCUGGAGAUGUGCAGAGUGCCCGCUUGCCUCUUCUAGACCCACAGCUUAUCUUUGCUGUUUGUGGUUUCCAUAUCACUCUUCAUAGAACAACCCAGCAUCCUUUAUCUUUGUCCUCUUCCAGCUGCUUCAUCACAGCACUGCAGCCUCCCCCUGCUGCCCAGGCACGCCAUUUCCAAGGGCAGAGGGGGCAGUCCCCUGAAGCCCAUCUUUUCUGUGACUCUUAGGUGAUGCGUAGGCCCCUCCACCUUCCACUAAACGACUUCCUAUCCCUGUCCUGCUGCACGGUCUGGAAUCUGGGACCUUCUUGUUUCUUUGUUAUUUAUGACCUUGUUUAAAGAAAAAUAAAUAUCUCCCAACCUUUA